GUAUCAGAGCACGUAACGGCAUCAGGCAGUGCCAGCGUGUGUUUCACAUAGAUUCCUCUGCCCUCCCUCGCCGUGGCAAGCCACAGGUAUCAGAGCAUGUGGCGGCAUCAGAUAGUGAUGACGACGAGGAGCACAUGCGGGAUGCUGCUGACGUCAGCUCCAAUGCUGCCUUCUCCUCCGAAGGCUCCGAGCACGACGAGGAGGAGGGCUCAGUGGCGAGUGACGAGUCGUUCAGCCUGUCGGAGGGCGGCACGGACGACGACAUUGGCGAGGGCGACAGCGCACAGCCCCUCCCCCACCACCUCUCCCUCUCCGCUGCUGCCAUGCCACCGGGCGGCGAGCUCAACGUCUUCCUUGAUGCUGCCAGCCUGCCCCACGUGCUGCCCUCUGCCUCCUACUAUGGCACUCACGGCAACUAUGCCAACCACACCAGUCUCGACACUCAAGGCAAUUAUGGCACAGUACCCCGUGACAAUGAACCUAUGGGGCACCGUGCUCUUGGGGCUUGGGGGCAGCACUACACUGCCCUGCAAGAGGGGGCUGCUGGAUAUGCAGGCGGGGCAGCACCACCGGCAGCAGCAGCUGGUGCUUUUGCUGCCCGGUCGCAUUCCCUGCAGCACACAGCCGGCCGUCCUCACCCCCCACUCCAUCUGCACCGCGUUCCCUCGGCACCUGGUGCUACAGGUGCUGCAAGUGCUGCUUCCCGUGCCGGCCUGCCUCCCUGUCCCACAGGCCACUCCACAUCGUCUGCCCACUUCCCGCGCCGUGGGGCGGAUCCCUUGCCACCUGCUGCACGGGCCUUUCCUCCCACGCCAGGCGCUGACUCGGCUGCAGCCACGGCAGCAGCAGCCACCGAAGGGACUGUUGGGAUCGCUGCAGCUGCAGCCACGGCAGCAGCAGGGGCCUCCAGGGCGCAGGGGGGCCGCGAGUGGGGCAUAGGCAGGCGAGCAGGCGCAGGGGCGGGCGUGGUGCUGGGGAGGUCCAAGUCCAUGGGUGGGAUGAGGGAGAGAGAGGCCGGGGUGAGGGAGGUGGGGGAGAGGGAGGCCGGGCGCAUGCGUGUGAGGCCGUCGCGGCCCGGGGCUGCAAGGCGGUUCUCAGACACGGGUGCAGCUAGCAGAAGGGGAUGGGCGGCGCUGGAGACAACUCUGCAGGGCGGUGCGUUAGUGCUUCAAGAGAGGGAGAGCUUGCAGCCACGUGGGAUUGCAUUGCAGCAAGAGAGACACAUGGCACAGCAGCAGCAGCAGCAGCAGCAGCCGCUGCAAACUGGCAGGGAAUAG